AAGACUCAUGCACUGAUCAAUGCAAGAUGUGCACGAUCGGAGUAUUACAAUGGGCAUACAUGUACGUUAUCUCUUGAAGUCAUAUUUUACGUUAUGUCAGUGUCUGCGUCAUAUUUAAAGUAAAACAUACUAGUCUUAUGACGAUCAUAACAAGAUUCAUAUGUCAACAAGGCUUUAUUAACAGCACACCCGCCUUUUGCCUGAAAUUACAGUAAUGUGCAACGUCAGUGCUUUCGCAGUGGAUGCUAUUUGCUUGUUGGUUGUUCUUUUUUUAGUCUGUGAGGAGAAGCACGAUCUAGCCGGUGGCCCUUGUCUGAAUUUGAUCACUGAUUGUUCCGUUUGGUGGCCCACUAAUUGUCCAAAACGUUGUCAAGAGCUGAGAUCGUGAAGUUAAGAUGGCAGUCAAAAGCUUUGGAAAGCAUCCAAUAAUACUCCUAAUCUUGGCGUCAUCUUGGACAUUCGGAGCCGCCGUUGACGUAAGUGUUGACUUCGGAAAUGCUGAUUUUGUCAUCGUAGAAGCUUUUAAUGAAAUCGAGCUCAACGUAACGGUCACAUGUCUUGCCAGAUAUGGCGGAGACUUGACAUUCGUGUCAGCAGAUGAAUCAGUGUUUACUGUUCGUGAUAACACGAGUAUGAUUGAGUGCUUUCCAGGAGAUAAUGUUACAAACGUGACAUAUUCACUGUACCUUGACGGAGUCGCACUAGGUGUAGCCGAUAUGCGAACAGUGUUCCAGAAUUCCUCAGGCGAAUAUCUUAUCGAUACCUACCUGGUGAAAGUUUUAAGGAAGCCGCUGUUUACCCCGACAGCUUUAGCGGCUGUUCUCCUUGUGUGGAUAUGUGUGUCGUAUGUUACGAUGGGGAGCAAGAUUGAGCCAAAGUUAAUGUGGGAGCACAUAAAACGACCUCGUGCUGUAUUGAUUGGUUUGUUAUGUCAGUUUCUCAUCAUGCCUCCGCUGUCUUUUGCUAUCGCCAAGGCGUUCCAGUUGGACGACGCAGCUGCCAUCGGGCUUAUACUCGACGGGACAUGCCCAGGUGGAUGGUUUAGCAACGUAUUCACGCUCCUGCUCGAUUGCGACUUCAAUCUCAGUCUAACGAUGACGUUUAGCUCAACUGUCCUAGCGCUUGGCAUGAUGCCUUUGAACCUGUUCAUCUACACUCGCUUCUUUCUUGACCAUAAUAAACAGCUUCAGGCACCAUACGGUCAGCUCGCCAUUCAACUAGCUUUUCUCGUUGUUCCUGUCGUCAUUGGGCUCGGGCUCAGCCACAAGUUUCCGAAAGUAAAACGUAUUUUUGAUAAAAUGCUGCGGCCGAUGUUGGCCGGAUUGGUGGUGGUCGCUCUCGGAGUGGGAAUCCCGACGCAAUACUACGUCGUCCUGGUUUCCUGGAAGAUAUGGAUUGCCUCUGCUGUCUUUCCGCUAAUCGGAGGUAUGCUAGGCUUUGGCAUCGCUCGCCUGACCUGUGUAGACCUCAAACCUGCUGUCACAAUCGCCAUUGAAACGGGUGUCCAGAAUAGCUUACUGGCCAUCACAGUGGUGACUCUGUAUUAUGAUCAACCUGAGAUUGAUCUCAUUGGACGUGUUCCCGCGCUCAUCGGACUCCUUGUCGUAAUGGAGGGAGGGACACUAGCCAUAGUCAAAUCCAUCAGGGAUUUCUACAAGAAAAGGACAGAAGUGCCUCAUGUAGAGUUGGAUGAAGAGACUGAAGAUGUGGACAAGGAAAGAACUGUAUCGUCAACCACGGUAGACCCUUAUAUUUUACAAGAAAGAGGAAACCAACAACUGGACAACUCUCAUGAUGUGCCAAAGUUAUAAAUUGUUAUUGGAUAUUUUACAGUUUUAUAUAUAUGAAACAAUAUAUAUCUGUAAUUUUCAUUUUGCAGGUAAUAAAAAUUCCAUAGUCGAUAUGGUUAAUGAUAAAAACCUUUCAGAUGCCUUUGGGACAAUCACGGUUGAUAUGGGUUCAUUGUAAUAGUUUUGUAUUUCGAAUUGAGACAUUUACAAAUAAUCAAUUUUAUGUGUGGGUUAAAUAAAUUAUCUUUAACGCAAUAGCAUUCCAUAGUAAACUUAUGAUAUAAUAUUUGGCUAAGCAUAAUAGGCCUAAGUAAAAUGUUUCAUACUUUAUAUUGGAAUUAUUGUUGACUGCAUCGUUUACCUCUUUUAUAUAGCCAUUAUGAAUGACAAAGUUUCAAGAUUUAGAAUGUAUCAUAACAAAUAUUUUGGUUUGUGUGCUGUCAUCAAUUAAAAUUGAGAUACUUUUUAUACCUUUGUAUUUUGUGUUCAGUAAUUUAUCCAGAAAUUAAAGCAAAAAUGGAGGCGCAACUCCCUGUAGAUGGGAAGACCGAAUGUAGGCUGCGGAAAUAUGACGUAUUUAGUAUUGAGUUUUCAUUUUAUUUUCAUGUAAACUCACCGGUUUCGUGUUUAGGGGGGGGGGGUGGGUGGGCUUCAGACAUGGGGCAUAGUCUGCUUCUCACUAUGCUUAAAUAUCAUUGGAAGUAAUUCCUUUUCGUUUAUAUAUAUAUAUAUAUAUAUAUAAUGGAAUCUAAAACUGAAC